AUAUCAAGAACAAAAAAUAAAUUACCUCGCCUACAAAUUAAUAAUGAUCUUAAAUUCCAUGAUAUCGAAUACCGAAGGAGAAUCGAACUUUUAGGUAAUGGUGAUUUUAUAUUUAACCGGACAGGGGACCACCGAAAUGCACUGUCACGAUUUCUACGGACUCACAGUGAGAGACCACUGCACAUACAACAACGUAAAAAACGGUCUAGGGCCGCUUUCUCGCACACACAGGUGUUCGAGUUGGAACGGCGGUUCAACCAGCAGCGUUAUCUAUCGGGCCCGGAACGUGCCGACCUAGCCCACUCGCUUAAGCUGACUGAGACUCAAGUGAAGAUAUGGUUCCAGAACAGACGGUACAAGACCAAGCGCAAGCAAUUGCAAGUGCCGUCGGGGGGUGGUGGAGGUGGCGGAGGCAGUCCGCCGGCCAAAAGAGUGGCGGUCAAAGUACUGGUCCGCGACGACAAGUGUCCCAAAGACGCCGUACACCAGACGUCAUCAGAGGCCUAUCACCGCCAUUCGUCCAGACACGGGUCCCAGGGCGCAGUGGCGGUGGCAGCGGCUGCUGCGGCGGCAGCUGCGGCAGCAGCUAGUGGCGAUUACCGAAUGCAGCAACUGUUGCAACAGCAACUGCACCAACAUCACCGAAGCCAAGUGCACCACCAACGCAUCCACCGCGGCGGCGACGAACACGCUUCCGUCACUUACCUUCACCCCCAAUCGACAUUCGGCAACGGGUUACAUCAUUUCCCUCCCGGCGCCGGCGCCGCUCCGUACUACUGUUACGAGUACGGUCCCGUAGUGGCGGCGUACCUCCAACAGGAACCCGGAAGUCGGGUGUCGUCCACGACCACGACGGAUGAGCUGCAGGACACGUCCGACGCCGGCAGUGAGUGUUCCAUAAACGUCAUCGACGAGUGUCCCACGUCAACGACGGUCUCCGAAUGACGCGCGUCCGUGUGUUAAUCGACAAACGAUUCGCUAUAAUCAUAUUGGUUGGCGUUUUGGGGUGAAAACAAAUGUCGCGGAGAUGCAUUUCGGUUUUCGCGAUGCAGGUCUCGCGAAAUUGUCAAUAACACGGAAACGAUUUUAACUGCACCCCUGAAAAACAACAACCAUCUUCUGCGCGGCAUAUAAGAAAAGGUGGGACGCGUUACGCUCGCAACUUUCCACAAAUCCUAUUUUUUUCACGUUUUUCGUCCAGUUGUCGUUUUAUAUCGAUCGUUAAUAUUGGCUAUGAUAUUAUUAUUAUAAUACAGAAGUAUUACAAAAAAUAGAAUCAGAAUCAUUUUUUUUAUUGUCUAUGAUUUUUAUUUUAUUUUUAACUACACAAUAUGGAGGUGAAUUUUUUUUUUUUUUUUAAAACCACAUUGAUCGAUCUUUCCGGUUUUUAACUCUAUUCAAUGCCUAUUUUUUUUUUUAAUAUAAAAUUGUAUAAUAUUCUUCAAAUUAAUUUUUAGCAUUUGCAUUAAUUAUAAACUCUUUUUCAACAAUUGUUUAGGAUUGUUCAAAUAUGCAUAGAUAUUAGACAUAAUAGUAUUGAUAUAAUAAAAGACACAUUGUAUGUACAUAAUGCAUACUAUGUAUUUAUUACAUUUAUUGUUGUUAUUAGUUAUACGUUUGGUCGUAAUUACUACAAUGAUUUCACACAAUAAACAUUCUAAAUGUCAAUUGUAAAAAUAUAUAAAUUCCAUGUAAAGUAUACUUAAUUUUAUUUUGAAUAUUUCUUUUAUACAAAUUUUUUCUUCUAUUUCGAUCGUAUUGAUAUGCGCA